GCCAGGGCCGACGGCGUUCAGUGGUCGGAUUGGCCGCGCGCCGCUUCCGGCGCGUUGCCAUGGUUACCGCUAUCAACUUCCGGCCGGCCGGUGGCGGGGAGGCUGCGGGGCCGUCGUGAGGAGCGGCCGGCGGCGGCCAGCCGCUGGAGCAGCCGCCAUGCCGGCCAAGGCGGGCGACAGGCACCGGCAGGGCCAAAGUGGACCUUCAGGAGGAAAGACAGUACCACUAAGGCCACCUAAAGCUGUAUCUAAAAAACGGGAUGAAGAUGUCUCCACUGAAGUGGGAGAGGGGUUAGAUGAAUGGGCAGCAGCAAAGACUCUAGUUAAACCCCCAGAUCAACUGGAGCUGACUGAAGCUGAAUUAAAAGAGGAAUUUACACGCAUCCUGACAGCUAAUAAUCCCCAUGCUCCACAGAAUAUCGUCAGAUACAGCUUUAAAGAACGAGCAUACAAGCCAAUAAGCUAUGUGGAUCAAACGGCCAUUCACUUCUCUUUGAAUGGAAACAUGAUACUCAAAGAUUCAGAUGAAGGCAGGCGUCAGAGUAUCAGAUUGAGCACUGCAGCAGCAGAGGCUCCUGUUGAGACUUCUGCAGUAACAACUGAAGAGGCAGAGAUUAAAGAAAGCACAGAAGAUGUUCAGGCUGCAGGAGAGGAAGAGGCAGAGGGGUCAGGAACAGCAGAAGUAGAUGAGGCAGCAGAGGCUGAAGAGCCUUCUCCUCCAAGAGUGAAGGAGCAGAAGCUUGCAAACCAGUUCAACUUCAUUGAGAGAGCUUCAAGGACAGUCAACAACCCUGUGCGGGAAAGAGCAUGUCAGUCGGAGCCUACACCUUGUAAAAAUUUCUCAGCCACUGCUAACCAGUGGGAGAUCUAUGAUGCCUAUGUGGAGGAGCUUCAGAAAAUGGAAAAGUCAAAAGAAAAAGAAAAAUCAAAAGCUCAAAUAGCAAAGAGAGAAGAGGAGAAGAAGAAAGUAAGAAAGUUAACCUCUCUAGAGUCACAGGGUGAUGAUAUAACCAAGAUCUCACAGGCUGCUAAAAUAAUGGAGCGGAUGGUGAAUCUGAACACGUUUGAUGACAUUGCACAAGAUUUUAAAUAUUUUGAGGAUGCCUCGGAUGAAUACAGAGACCAGCAAGGAACCCUCCUCCCACUCUGGAAGUUCCAGCAUGACAAAACCAAGAGACUUGCAGUUACUGCCAUCUCCUGGAAUCCAAAGUACAAGGACCUAUUUGCAGUGGGGUAUGGCUCUUAUGACUUCAUGAAGCAAGGCCGGGGCAUGCUCCUGUUCUACACCAUGAAGAACCCCUCCUUCCCAGAGUAUAUCUUCAGCAGUGAGAGUGGCAUCAUGUGCUUGGACUUCCAUAAUGACCACCCUUACCUUGUGGCAGUGGGCUUCUAUGACGGCAACGUGGCCAUCUACAACCUGAAGAAGGCAACCUCCCAGCCCACCUACAAGAGUAGUGCUAAGUCAGGAAAGCACAUGGAGCCAGUGUGGCAGGUCAAGUGGCAGAAGGAUGACAUGGACAACAAUUUGAACUUCUUCUCCGUCUCCUCAGAUGGUCGGAUUGUUUCAUGGACUUUAGUUAAGAAUGAGCUGGUUCAUACAGAUGUCAUCAAGCUGUCAGUAGAGGGAACAAUGACCCAGGGGCCAGAGAGGCUGCAGCUGCAAACAUUUGGCUGUGGGACAUCAUUUGAUUUUCACAAAAAGAUAGACUAUUUGUUUCUUGUUGGUACUGAAGAGGGAAAGAUCUAUAAGUGUUCAAAAUGCUAUUCAAGCCAGUUUCUGGAUGUGUUUGAAGCCCAUCACAUGGCUGUGGACUCAGUCAUCUGGAAUCCAUACCACCCAAAAGUCUUCAUUUCCUGCAGUUCUGACUGGACAGUCAAGAUCUGGGAUCAUACCAUUAAGACUCCGAUGUUUGUUUAUGACCUGAAUUCUGCUGUAGCGGAUGUUGCUUGGUCCCCUUAUUCCUCCACAGUCUUUGCUGCAGUCACCACUGAUGGCAAGGCCCACGUGUUUGAUUUGAGCAUUAAUAAGUAUGAAGCUCUCUGCACCCAGCUAGUGGUGGCCAAGAAGAAAAAUAAAAUAACUCAUAUCCAGUUUAACCCUGUCUACCCUAUUGUCAUCAUUGGAGAUGAACGAGGCCACGUUACCUCCCUGAAGCUCUCUCCCAAUCUACGCAGGAUGCCCAAGGAGAAGAAAGGCCAGGAGGUUAAGAAGGGCCCUGAGGUAGAAAUUGCAAAGCUGGACAAGCUGCUUAACUUGGUGAGAGAUCUGGAGAGCAAGGCAGGCAAGUGAGCGGGAAGGAAUGAUGGCGCUGCCAGGGGACGCUGGCCGAACAAGCCCGGCUUUGAUCAGCAGCUGCUUGGCAUGCAAGCCAUGGGCCUUGUGCCGCCCGCUCUUUGCAUAGCGGGAACGCUUCGCCUCUGUGCCUGGACAAAUAAACGGAGGUGCUGCGAGAGCUGUGUUGUGCAGUCGUGUCAGGGGUCAGGCG